UAUACCCUCUCAACUUCACUCUUCCCUUCAACUCAACCCCACCAAAACCAAAGAAAGAAAGAAACAAACAAACAGAGCGAAAUCAUACUCUUUGACAAGAGUCUCAGCCAUGGCUUCUUCAGCUCCUAGUCCACUUGCAAGAUUGUCACUUGAGCGUAGACCAAAAUUGCUUAAAGAAUUUCUUCUUCAAGACGAUCAAUAUUCUUCUUCACCUAAUGAUUUUAGGUCAAAAAAUGCUCAAUUACUUAGAAGUCGAUCGUCUAGAGCUGCUACUGCUACAAUUUCCGCUAUUAACAAGGUCAUCAACAUUGUUAAGUUCUUACCCUUUGCCUCUGUGAAAUCUCCUUCCAUUUUCCCCAGAAGCAUUUCAAGAAAACUAUCAAGGAAGACUAAUAACUACAAGAAAAGUCAAAAACCUAGUAAUAACAUUGACCAAAAUGUCUCGGUCCCAGUCAAAGUCAAAGACAUCCUACGAUGGAAAUCAUUUAGAGACUUGGUUGAGGAGAAGUCUACACCGUUAGAUUCUUCUUAUUCACCAUAUAGGUGCGCUACAACAACCACUACCACCAGCACCACCACUACAAGCAGCAAGAGAACAAGUUGGUUUGAUAGUGAUUUUACUGCGGAGGAUUUACCGUCAUGGUGGGGUGAAAAUGGUGAAUUUUUGGGUGAAUUAGAAGAUGGGAUGAACAAGGUUGGUAGAAAGAAUAUACUCGAGGAAAGUAGCACUGUCGGUGGGUAUUGCAUGGGAACCACAAAAUCAAUCAAUAAGGAAGAGUUAUGCUUUGAUGAGAAUGAUCAGCACAGCCCAGUUUCAGUUCUUGAAUCUCCAUUUCAAGAAGAUGAUGAAGAAGGAAUUAUGGCCUUCUCUUUCCACCGAAACCUUGCUAAUUUAGACAAAAGGAAAAGCAUGCUCAUGGAAAGAAUUCAACAAUUUGAGAGUCUUGCAGAAGAAAACACCAGCUUUAAAGAAGAAGAAGAACUAAAAGAAGAUGAAGAAAUUGAAGAAAAGGCAAAGCAAUUAUUGAUAAAUUUGAAAGAGAUGGAAGAUUGUGAAGCAAACUAUAUGGAUGAUGAUCAGCUUCUCUUUGAAUUCUUUUGGAAUGAAUUGAUUACAAGUAGAAAGGUUCAAAACAAUGUUGAUGAAAAACUAAUGAGAGAAGCAAAAUCUUGGAUCAACGGUGAUUACAAUGGGGAAUUUGAAUGGGAGAUUGAGGAUAAAAGAGACGCCUACAUAAAGGACAUGGAAAGAGUGGCAAAGUGGAACAAGUUUGAAGAGGAAAAACAAGAGUUAACCUUGGACUUGGAGUUUGAAGUGUUUAAUGAUUUGAUCCGUGAAGUCUUGGAAGAUGUUUUUUCUCGUAAUUGUUAGAUCAUAUUUUAAUAGAAUUAGAACAAGGAAUUUCGAAAGAAUUCCAUGUAUAUUAACAUGUGCAGAACAUGUUAUAUAUACAAGUGAAUUAUAGACCGGUUAGACACUAUUUUCUACGACUUAUGUAUAGUACUAGUUAUAAAGCCCAGUAUUUUUCAAAAUUCGUAGACAACAAAUUAUGUUUCUCUUCCGAUCAACGAAAGAGGAGUAAGUAUAACAGUAAUGGAACUUCUUGUUUUCUUG